AUGCAAGAAAAGGGAAGUGCUUUUUAUUUGACAUUAUUGAUAAUAAUUUCAGUGUUAUCUUUGAUUGGAUGUUCAGUCUUGUUAUUUGAUUAUUUAAAAUAGAGAAAAAGUGCUAAUCUAGCAGCAAAAUUAUUAGCAAUAUUGUCUAUAAGUGAUGCAAUUUAUGUCAUCGCUGUAGUCAUUAAUCCUACCCCAUAGAUUGAUGGGGCUCUUUGUGUAAUAUAGGCUCUAUUGAAGUAAUCGUCAAGUGUUUCCACAUUUAUCGUAAACUUUUUCUUUUGCUUAACUACAUCUCUCACAAUAGUGGAAAACAUAGAUAUCACAGAUGACAAAUAUUACAAAUACAUAAGGAAUGCUAAAUUUUUUUCGGUUCUAUUUCCUUUUUUAAUUGCUCUUAUUCCUCUUACUUAUAAUGGAUACGGAAUAUAAUAUUAUGCAUGUAGUUUUAAAACUCAAAACAAUUACUGGUUAGGAGAAUUCCUCUUAUUUUAUGUUCCCUUUGGAUUAUUUUUUGGAUCAAGCAUUUAUUUCCUUAUUAAAAUAAAAAGAUUUCUCAGUGAAAUCCAAUCUAAUAAAUUAGGUCAUGAGGAUUAUAGACUUUUUAGAAGAACUUUAAUUUUACAAAAUAGUCAGAUUGUUGUAGGGGAAUAAUAUACAAGAUUUCUGUUCUAUUAUACUCUUGUUCAUCUUUUCUGUUGGCUUCCCAUUAUUUUGAGUUCAAUAUGCGAGAUUAUAUGGAAGAGAGACUUCGUAUGGUUUGGAGGAAUAAGUUAUCUUUGUGCAUGCUCAUAAGGGUUCCUGGAUUUCGUUCUAUUCAUGAUUAGCAAACGAGUUUCUUCUCGAUCAUAUGUUUAAGAAAGGAACAGUAGUUAUAUGUCUGUGGAACCAGUAGACAUUUAUAGGGGCUCUGUUGUAUACAAUUCAAGUUUAUGA